CCCGUAUCCUUAUGUCAAUGUCAAAUCAAUGUUUUGCAGAAGGACGAAAACAAAGUUUAAUUUCUGAAAAUUAUGAAUAUUUUAAAAUAAAAUGUCCGAAGUACCGGUUAAACGUUACCAUCGCGAGAAAUCCUCAGAAUCUGAAGAAGAUGUGGAUAAUUACGAACCUUAUAUACCUGUUAAGGAAAGAAAGAAACAGAAAUUGUUAAAGUUAGGACGUCUCGGCCAAGUUGCCGCUGAGGCCGCUGCUGAAACUAAGAGUUCCAGCGAGAAUGACCCAGACGAUGAAGCCUCCCAAGAAGAAUGGGGACGACGGUACAAUGUGUCUCUAUUGGAUCAGCACAGCGAGUUAAAAAGGAUCGCAGAAGCGAGAGCCCUAUCCGCUGCUGAGAGGCAGGCGAAGGAAGAGGAACACAUAUUGAAAAGCGUCGCUCAGAAUACAGCGCUUAUGGGGGUUGCGGAAUUGGCGAAAGGUAUCCAAUACUCGGAACCGAUAAAAACGUCCUGGCGCGCUCCGCGCUGUGUCCUCGAUCUGCCGGAAUCACGACACGAUCUCGUUCGACAAGAUCUACGUAUCUUGGUCGAAGGCGAAGAUGUUCCACCACCGAUAAAGACGUUUCAGCAUAUGAAGUUUCCAAAAGGUAUCCUCCGUGGUCUAGAAGCAAAAGGUAUCAAGAGCCCAACCCCCAUCCAAGUCCAGGGUAUACCAGCUGUUCUCAGCGGUAGGGACAUGAUCGGCAUAGCCUUCACCGGUUCCGGGAAGACGUUGGUCUUCACUCUGCCCAUUAUCAUGUUCUGUGUCGAACAGGAGGUCAAAAUGCCGUUUAUACGAAACGAAGGUCCAUAUGGUCUGAUAAUCUGCCCAUCAAGGGAACUCGCUAAACAGACUCACGAUAUAAUACUGCACUUCGUGAAACACUUGAAGAUGACCGGGAGCCCUGAAAUAAGGAGCUGUUUGGCGAUCGGAGGUGUAGCCGUGUCAGAAUGCAUGGAAGUGGUUCAAAGGGGGGUGCAUAUCAUGGUAGCGACCCCCGGACGUCUAAUGGACAUGCUGGACAAGAAAAUGGUGAGGCUGAAUGUCUGUCGGUAUCUUUGCAUGGACGAAGCUGAUAGGAUGAUCGACAUGGGUUUCGAGGAAGACGUCCGGACGAUAUUCUCGUACUUCGCUGGUCAGCGGCAGACCCUGCUGUUCAGCGCGACCAUGCCCAGGAAAAUACAGAACUUCGCAAGGUCGGCGCUGGUGAAGCCGGUGACGGUGAACGUGGGCCGCGCGGGCGCGGCGUCGCUGAGCGUCCGGCAGGAGCUGGAGCCCGUGAAGGCGGAGGCGCGCACCGUGCACCUGCUGCACUGCCUGCAGAAGACUCCGCCCCCCGUGCUCGUGUUCGCCGAGCGCAAGCAGCACGUCGACGCCAUCCACGAGUACCUGCUGCUCAAGGGUGUGGAGGCUGUGGCCAUUCACGGUGGCAAGGAUCAAGAAGAACGAUCUCGUGCUGUAGAAGCCUUUAGAAAAGGAGAGAAGGACGUGCUCGUGGCUACGGACGUCGCUAGCAAAGGUCUGGACUUCGAGAACAUCCAGCACGUGAUCAACUACGACAUGCCGGAGGACAUCGAGAACUACGUGCAUCGCAUCGGUCGUACUGGACGAGCCGGUGGGGGGGGAGUCGCCACCACGCUCUUGGGCAGAGCCGCUGACACCAGUGUGCUGCGAGACCUCGCACACCUACUCACUGAGGCCGGCCAACGGGUACCGGCAUUCCUACUAGACAUGAUCGGAGAACCAGAUGUACCGAUGGCAGACGGCCAAGGCUGUUCCUACUGCGGUGGUCUUGGACACAGGAUUACUGAAUGUCCGAAACUCGAAGCUGUCCAGAACAAACAGGCAUCGAAUAUUGGAAGACGAGAUUACUUGGCGAAUACCGCGGCCGAUUAUUAGUGUAUAUUUGAUAGUAUUAUUAAUAAAUGUUUAAUACGAUA